AUGUCGGCGCACCUAUCGCAGGAACAGAUAAAGCGGCUCUGCGAGGACCUGGUCUAUCAGGUCGGCUACGCGUUUUACGAUGUACCGUAUAUUAUCCUGCUCAACUUGAUGGUCCAGAUAGAGGUUGCUCGAGAAACGGACAUCCAGGAGGCGACGUUCGUACAAGUCAGCGAGAUCCGAAAGUAUAUGGGGAUGCUCCUUACGCACCGGCUCAUCAAGCGUCAUGCAAAUAAGGAGCGGGUCCCAAUACCCGAAUACCUACUGAAGCGGAAUGAUACCGAGCGGACUCGCCUCAAAGAGGUUAUCUACUAUUACCUCGACUAUCGAGAGUUCGCAAACGUUGUCAAGUACAGGAUCGCGAUGAUGCGGAAGGGUAUCGACGAGAAAAUAAUGCAGGAUGUCGGACAUAAAGGCUACGUCUGCCCCACUUGCUCCCGGAUGUACACGCCCCUCCAGAUCCCCACCCUUUUCUCUCCGGCACACAACGCCUUCUUAUGCGAAGACGACAAGGCCGAACUUAUCGAACACGUUCCCGACGAGACCGACUCGUCCGACAAGAUGCAGCGCUUCAACCGUGCGACUCAGCCGAUCCGGGAUGCGCUCCGUGCGGUCGAGGGGAUCACGCUUCCGACGGUAAACAUACAUUCCUGGAUCGCGGAGAAUGUGAAGAGCACGGUGGUGCUUGAUGAAGAGGCAGAAGGGAGCAAGGCGAAGGUGCAGGUGGUAUUGGGCGGAGAAGGGGAAAGAGAGCGGAUAGAAAAGGACAGGCUGGCGGAGCAGCAGCGUGUACAGAAUGCACUGCCGAUAUGGCACACCCACUCCACCGUCACUGGAUCCGCUACCACCCUCGGCAUCGCCGACCAAACAAAAUCAGCCAGACUCGCCGCCGAGCGCAAAGCCGGCGUAUCGACCGGACAAGGCGAAAGCGAGGAUGCCAUGCUCAUGCAGCAUUACGAGGGGAUGGAUGAUGUCAGUGAGGAUGGGGAUGAGCCGAUCCCGGCCAAAGUGGCUGUGAAGGUGGAGGUCAAGGCGGAGCCUAGUGAUGUGGAUCAUGAGGACGAGGAAGACGAGGAGGCGGACACACCUCCGGCUGUUCCUGUAGGACCAGGGGCAGAUGGGAUGGCUACCGCUGUGGCUUCGAACGGGACGGCAGUAAUGGUCAAGGUUAAUGGUGUGCCGAAACCCCUCGAUGAGAUCACGGAGGAGGAUCAGGAAGAUAUGACGCCUGACGAAUAUCAAGCGUACUACGAGGCGGCAUUAGCUUGA